GGAACUGCUCAGGGGCCGGGUGGGGCCCGGAGCGCGGAGCCGACGUCUCCAACCCGCUGAGCUUUGGCUGUUCCACAGACUGCAGGCCGGCUACCCCGCUGCGGAGACAGCGGGCCAUGGCGCGGGUGCUGAUCGUGGGCGCCGGGCUGACGGGAAGCCUGUGCGCAGCGCUGCUGAGGAAGGCGGCGGCCCGUCCUUUGCACCUCGCUGUGUGGGACAAGGCUGGGGACUCAGGGGGAAGAAUGACAACAGCCAGCAGUCCUCAUAAUCCACAGAGCACAGUGGACUUGGGUGCCCAGUACAUCACCUGCACUCCUCAUUAUGCCAAAAAACACCAGAGUUUUUAUGAUGAACUGUUAGCUCCUGGUGUUUUGAAGCCUCUGACCUCUCCUAUUGAAGGAAUGGUGAUAAAAGAAGGAGAUUGUAACUUUGUGGCACCUCACGGAGUUUCUUCAAUUAUCAACCAUUACUUGAAAGAAUCAGGUGCUGAUAUCUACUUCAGACAAUGUGUGACCCAGAUCAACCUGAGAAAUGACAAGUGGGAAGUCCUCAGGGAAACAGGCUCCCCUGAGCAGUUUGAUAUUGUUGUCCUCACAAUGCCAGCUCCUCAGAUUCUGCAGCUUCAAGGUGACAUCGUCAACUUAAUUAGUGAAUGCCAAAGGCAGCAACUGGAGUCUGUGAGCUACUCCUCUCGCUACGCGCUGGGCCUCUUUUAUGAAGCUGGCACGAAGAUUGAUGUCCCUUGGGCUGGGCAGUACAUCACCAAUAAUCCCUGCAUUCGCUUCAUCUCCAUUGAUAAUAAGAAACGCAAUAUAGAGUCAUCGGAAAUCGGGCCUUCCCUUGUGAUUCACACCACUGUCCCUUUUGGAGUUACAUACUUGGAGCACAGCACUGAAGAUGUGCGGGAGUUAAUCUUCCAGCAGCUGGAAAAUAUUUUGCCUGGUUUGCCUCAGCCAGUUGCUACGAAGUGCCAGAAAUGGAGACAUUCACAGGUUACAAAUGCGGCUGCCAACUCUCCUGGUCAAAUGACUCUUCAUCUCAAACCUUUUCUUGUGUGUGGAGGGGAUGGAUUUACUCAGUCCAACUUUGAUGGCUGCAUCACUUCUGCCUUAUGUGUUCUGGAAGCUUUAAAGAAUCAUAUUUAGUACCUGUAUUUUUUUUUUUUUUUUUUUUUUGCGGUACGAGGGCCUCUCACUGUUGUGGCCUCUCCCGUUGCGGAGCACAGGCUCCGGACGCGCAGGCUCAGCGGCCAUGGCUCACGGGCCCAGCCGCUCCGCGGCAUGUGGGAUCUUCCCGGACCGGGGCACGAACCCGCGUCCCCGGCAUCGGCAGGCGGACUCUCAACCACUGCGCCACCAGGGAAGCCCCUGUAUUCUUAUUUUUUACAUGUACUUUGGGGUUUUCACAAUUUUCUGUCAUUGAUUAUUUUGUUUUAUAUUUUGUUGAGAGAAAUUACCGGAAAAUUGUUCUUUACUGAUUGUUAUUUUUCAUAUGGAGUAUAAAAUCAAUUUUAUAAUUUCAAUAGCUACAACUCAUGGUAGAAGGAAAUUCCUUGUACUUUAUACUUUUCUCCACUUUUCUGAAUUGCCAUGUCUACUCCUUGUUGGAGGCAAAGUAGUGCUUAAGAAAAACAAAUGACUCUCCCCCAAAAUUAUGUCAAAUCAAAGUAACAGUUCAUGUUCAGAAACCUUUAUUAUUCUUUUGAAAAUUUCAAUCCCAAGUGACGAAUAAUCAUUAUCAAGGCCUCAUUAUAAAUCUUCAAGUAUGUCCUUGAUUCAGUAUUUUUACAAAUUGCCACACUACAAGAUUCCUCCAAACUGUGGUAACAGAGUGUAAUUUUUGUUUCUCAUUUCUCUUCCAAGUUAUUAAAUGAUCCUGAAUUGUAGGUCACAUAUGUCAUCAUCUCUAAGAACGCGGUUUGGAGGGCAACUUGACUGACAAAGAAAUGUCUCUUCAAAUUUUCAGAAAAUAACCAGAUUCAACUUGACUUUCCAAGUCACACAGUACUUAUUAACCUUAGAAAAAAAAAAUCCAGUCUUAAUAGGAAAGAGAAAAAUUAAAGAGAAACUGAGAGAAAUUAUAUUGAUCUUUACCUUUUGCUAUCUCCUGUGGCUAGCGCUGUUACUUUUAUGUCCUCUGCAGUAUGUGCUGUGGCACUUAGACUCUGUCAAGUUUAAUGAAUUUAAUACAAAAAAAUUUACUGAACCAGAAAAUAGAUGCACUUAAAACAGUUCAACAUUUGCCAACUUAGCGGUUCAGCAUAUCACCCACAUGCUUCACUGACAACCCCAUGACUUGCUGGCUGGAGAGAAAUUGAUCCCCAGCCUUCCAAACAAGCUACCUGUUGCUAAUUUGGAAAGCAAAAUGGUGAGUUCCAUUUUGCCAUUUUGAAAGGAAAGAAAUUGUUGCAGCCUCUCAAACUGAGAAAAGUUCAACAAAAGACUCCUUAGCUUGGUAGUAUUUAAAAUCUCACACCUACAUGCCCACUCUCAUACAUACAUACACACAGGCACGGGCAGAAUUUGUUUAUGUAACUACAGAGUGGGUUUUGUGAUUCUAUGGAAUGUCAUUAUACAUCUCCUAUUAGCAAUCAAUUCAUGGAAAACUGAAAUGCCUACAUGUGGUUAAUAUCACUUAUUUUUGAAAACACAGAAAGGAAAAGGGAAAUUACUGUGAUCUCUGGUAUGAUAUGAUAAAGAUAUUGACAUUUCUUUCAUCAUUUUGGCCUAUAUUUGAUUAACAUUUGUCUUUAUUCUGGUUAUACCCUUAAAAUAUGGUAAAAUAGUACAUUCAAAAAUAUUAAGUAACUAUUUUGUUUUUAACUCAUAUAAUUCUGGAGCCAUUUGAGUGAAAGCAUACUGAAGAUUUAAAAGCAAUGUUAUAUUCGUCUCAUGAGUGUAUAUACUCCCAAGAAGAGAGAGAAAAUUAUUUAUAAAGGUGGAGUGGGUUACCUACAGAAAUUAUUCUAAGCCAUUACUGACGACUUUUAAUAUCUAUUCAUUCAAAGUGUGUUUCCCUAAUAAUUGUGCAUCUGCUUAAAGAAGACUAUGGCAAUACGAGAAUGCACUCAACUGCUUAGUAUGUAGAUCAUUGUUACUUUGCUAAUUUAAUCAUUUUGAAAAUUCAUUUUACAUUUAGAUCCAUCUCUGAUAGAAACAGACCAAUUCCCUGAUGCUCAAAUAAGGAAAGAAAAUGUUUCAAAAGUUUGUUUUUCUAUUUUCAUUUACCUCUUCCUCUUUAGAAAUUGAAAUGGAUAUGGGACUAUCUUGUGCUAGAAGCCAUCAAGCCUCAGAUGGCCAGGAUGCCCUAAAUGACCCAGGGCAAAGGCAGCUAAGUCCCCUGAGAAAUAGGGGUCAGCACCUUUUGGCAGAGUUACCAAGGUGUAUGUAUGUCAGCUCCACAGGACCACACAGCACCACAGUACUUCCAAACAAGAACUUUUAUUAAACUAGCCAAGGAAAUCUGCUCUGUUUUGAAAGGAGCAUAUUCAAGUGAGAAACGGCUUGAGCAGUGGGGUGAUUUAAUACUUGUUAGCUGAUAAAUAUAGACUUUGCUGGAAUAAAACUUUUUAAAAAAUUUUUUUAACAUCUUUAUUGGAGUAUAAUUGCUUUACAAUGGUGUGUUAUGGAAUAAAACUUUAUGAUGCAGGGUUGAAAAGCUUAAUUACUAAACUGUCUAUACACAUCUUGCUCAGGCAGCGAGGGUGACAAAUUAUAGCAGUCGAAUAGUAUUUUUCACCUUUGGCAUUUCUGAAGGGGAAAAGUAUGCCUAAAAACAUCGAGAAAGCAGUAAUAAUCCCAGACCAGAUAUUACUGAGGGAAACAAAGACACGUCAUUGAGUCACCAAGUCUUCUGUGCAAAAUGCCACCAUCACCACCCCUCCACCUACUUACUACCUUGUUAAGUAAAAAGAACAAGGUCAAUUUUACAUUUAUCUGGCAUUUUAUACAUACAUAUAUAUAUAUAUAUAUAUAUUUCCAUCCUCCUAACAUCUUGUGAAAUAAACAGAGCAGAGAAUUCUUAUUCACAUUUGACAAAUGAGGAAACUGAGGCACAGAGAUUGGCCAACCAAGGUCACAUCAUCAAAUGCAGGACAAGAACCCAGACCUCCCAUGACCCAUUUCUAUUUACGUGGCACCAUGCCGGUGCCAGAUGAGCAUGAUAAUUAAAGCUGAACUGAAAUAUUAGUUGGAGGUGCAGUCAGCACCAUGUGGUCCUCUUAUUGAUGUUUCAUUUCAGAGAGCUAACACUAAUCCUGAUGUGAUGUAUACAGGAGUCUAACAUAGAAUAAAGUCUCCGUAAGUACUGGCUAAGUGAUUUAUAUUCCUGUUAUUUUCAUUUGCUGGUUUAUUUCCUUCUUUGGGGGGCACUUGCUGUGAAAAAUGGCUAAUGACACUGAAUUUCAACCCCGCAGUAGUUGGUGAGCAAGCAGGCUUCCUCUGCUUUCAGCGUUUCCUUCUGUAUUCCUCUUUGUCUCUCCAUUCCCUUUGUUUCAUUCUCUCCUCUAUUAGUUUCUACCAUUUCUUUCUCCCCUCUUAUUUUUCCCUCCCACUUCUUACCCUGUGUCCCUUUUCAGAAAUCUGGAAUAUAAAUGCAAUCACAUUGUGACUCAUAGCAUUUGUAAUUUUUUGCUUUAAUAUAAUCUCUUUUCUCUAAAAUUAAAGCAGUCAAUGCUGCAUUUUAUUCAAGUUGAUAAGACAAUCAUUAUUUUGAUUUUUCAAAAGUAAUGCAAGAAUUCAAAACUAUCUGUAGCUUUCAGGGAUCUCAGUGCUAAUAACCUAAAAUAUAUAUGCAAAUCAUGGUAUCAGGCUCUGUGGUGGACACAAUGGAAUAUAAUUAGCCAUCUCCACCUAAAGAUGCUAGUUAGGAGAAGACAAGUCCCAUAGAGUGGGAGGCAUGGUAAUGGUACAUUUUGGUGGAAUCGCAGAUAGUAAAUAAGAUGCUGUAUCUCAUGAAACUGGGAAUCCUAAGAGAAAGAAUCAUGUUUCCUUGGAAGAGAGAGCGUCUCCAAACAGAAGCAGAGAUCCAUCAAGAAAACACUUCCGACA